CUGCUGCUUCUUCAAAACACUGUACCUCCCCCUCCAAGUAACCAUGUUUUUGCUUCAUCUUUAAAUAGUGGCAGUCUUUAGAAGGAUAUCAAGGCAGAGAAGUGUCCUGUAAUUGUUGUACCAGCCUCAAAUACCUUGGAGGGUAGUUGUGCUCUGGUGUGUUGGCUGCAGUCCUGCACCGUGUCCCGACUGCGUCAGGAGGAAAUCUGGCUUCUCUGAAUCUUGUUCCACUAUGAAACAGCUGUCGGCAGAGACUAUUUGUCUCCUUUCAAGUUCUCAGGUGAUUACAUCUGUUGUCAGCGUGGUGAAGGAGCUGAUAGAAAAUUCCUUGGAUGCCAGUGCCACAAAUAUUGAUAUUAAACUGGAGGAUUAUGGGUUUAACAAAAUAGAAGUAAGAGACAAUGGCAAUGGAAUCAAGGUUGCUGAUGUUCCAGUUAUGGCAAUUAAACACUAUACCUCAAAAAUAAGCUCUUCUGAGGACCUGGAAAGCUUGACAACAUACGGUUUCCGUGGGGAAGCUUUGGGAUCAAUUUGCUGCAUAUCAGAGGUUUUGAUCACAACAAAGACAGCUGAUGAUGAUUUCAGCACUCAGUACGCUUUGGAUAGCAAUGGGCAUGUAACUUCUAAAAAGCCUUCCCAUCUUGGGCAAGGUACUACAGUAACAGUCCUAAAGUUGUUUAAGAAUCUUCCUGUAAGAAAGCAGUUUUAUUCAACAAAUAAAAAAUGUAAGGAGGAACUGAAAAAAAUCCAAGAUCUACUCACAGCAUAUGGUAUCAUAAAACCAGACCUGAGGAUCACCUUAACACAUAAUAAGGCAGUUAUUUGGCAGAAGACCAGGGUGUCAGAUCACAAAAUGGCCUGUAUGUCAGUUCUGGGAACAGCCGUUAUGGGCAGUAUGGUACCUUUUCAACACUGCUGUGAAGAUCCUGAGAUAAAUCUUUCUGGAUUUCUCCCAAAAGCUGAGUCAGACAGUUCUUUGACAAGCCUUUCAAGUUCAGAAAGGAGUUUCAUUUUUAUAAAUAAUCGUCCAGUUCACCAGAAGGAAAUACUGAAGUUAAUUCGACAGUACUACAGCCUAGUGACACACAAGGACUGUACUCGUUUAUAUCCUGUUUUCUUUUUGAAUAUUACUGUACCUGCCUCUGCUGUGGAUGUGAAUUUAACACCUGAUAAAACUCAAGUUUUGCUGCAUUAUAAGGAAUCUGUCUUACUUGCUGUUGAAAAUGUGUUGAAAUCACUGUAUGGGCCACUACCUGCUACAGUCCCUGGUGAAAGUAAAAAAACAGAUGUUACCUCAGAAGACAUGUUUGUUCAUAGAACAGAACAAACAGAUGUGGUUGUUAAUGAAAUGGGACCAUCUGGAAACGAUGAUCUACAUGCUCAUACUUCAUUCCUUUCAUUCAGCAGUGAUGUGCAAAACUGUCAAGUAGCAAAAAACACAGAGAUCUGCUUAAAUCAUCAGACGUUUUCUGGUGAUAAUGUACAUAGUCGCCUGGACAAAAAAGAGGUUUCUAAGAGUGAUGCCUUUCCAGACAGUUCCUUAAAUUUAUUGUGUGUGGAGGAACAGAAGGGACAGAAUAUAACUGAUAUUCAGAGUAACGGUGUUCCCAUGGACCCCAAGUCUAAAAAAGCUGAUGAACAUCUUUUGAGUUCUGAUAAUAUUGAUGAAACAGAAAAGAAUGAGGAAACCUUAGGCCCUAAAGACUUACCUGAAGUCUCUGCUGAUGAUUGGAGUAUGGGAAUUGGAUUUAAAAACUCUUUAGGGGACAACCUGGAACCUGUUAAGAUUUUGAUACCUGAGGUUGGAGGAACAAUUAAUAAGCAAAAUGAACGUACCGGUGAAGAAAGCAAUGAUCCACAAAUCUCAAAUCAAAGCAUAAAGACAAGAAAUGUGAUAAGUGACAAAUUCGGACAUGUGACGGCUUAUGACUUAAUUAGUAGUAGAAUAAUAAGGAAACCAAAGUCUGCAAUUGGAUUUUUCACUCAAGAAUGUCGUCCAAAAUUGAUAACUGAUAAUCCAAAGACCAGCAUGGAUGACAUCCUGCUGAAAAUUGAAGAGCAGUGGAAGAACUUGAAUGAAGAGGAAAAAAAGAAUUAUGAAAUAAAAGCUGCUAAAGACCUGGAACGAUACAACAGAGAGGUCAGGAAAGCUAUGGGACGGGCAGCACACCGACCAACGAAGGAGGCAGAAAAACAGAAACCCAAGCUGAAGACUUCUCCAUCCAACCAGCAGAAGCUUGACAAGAUAUUUCAUGCUCAGACCGAAAAGAAGCAGAAACCUGAACAGCCUAGAAAAAUUGUCACAGUGCCUUUUUCUCUAAGUUCCUGUAGACGUCAGCUUCAGAGACAUCAGAAAAAUGACUCAGAUGAACACGAGCUUUUCCUGAUCCGUCGUCCAAGUUUUCCUGAUGUCUGGAUAUUUGCUACUGAGAAGAAGCUAAUGUUGCUGAAUCCAUAUAGGUUGGAAGAAGCCCUGCUAUGUAAGAGAUUAAUGAUGAAUCAUAAGCUUCCAGUAGAGAAACUGGACAAGCCAAUUGUGUUAGCAGACAGUCUUAUUGGUGGAUCUCAGUAUAUGGCUGCUCUUUAUAAAAUGCAGAAGGAUUACCAGAGUUUCAAUGGAUCAGGUUAUUUGUCAGAUCGAAGGCUUGUAGCAAAUGGAUUCCAGAUAAAAGUGAUAGAAGGUACUUCAGCUACAGAAAGUCAUAUGGAAAUAGAAGGGAUGGCAAAUUGUCUGUCAUAUUAUGGUAUUUCUGAUUUGAGAGAAAUUCUGAAUGCAGUAGUUAAUGGAAAUGCAAAGGAAGUAUAUGAAUGUAGGCCUCUCAAAGUGAUAAAUUACUUGGAGGGAGAAGCAGUACGUUUAACUCGGCAGCUGCCCUUACAUUUGUCAAAAGAAGAUGUACAAAACACAAUUUACAGGAUGAAGCAACAGCUUGGAAAGGAAAAUAAAGGCUGUGUUCAUGGUCGUCCUUUUUUUCAUCACUUAGCAGAUAUUCCAGAAGUUGACAAGCACAACUCCAUGGAAAUUAUUCAGUAAAUGGAACAUUUUGUUUGGGAUCAUAUUUCUCUUGCUUCAUUUUGAUCGUUACUCUGUAAUUUCAGUAUGUUUUGUGCAAAGCUUUUGUAUAAUGACUUUUCAUUAUCGUAUGUUUUCCUCCCAGAGACUGUUUUUAUUUAAAUCCAAAUGCUACUUGAAAACUGAAAAUAAAUAUUAUAGAAAAAAAAACUCAUCGAUAUUUUUUAAAAGAAUUUACUAAACAAAUGAUCUCAA